AUGGUGAACAAAAAAACUGAUCUAUUAUCAAAUGUAUUUUUUCAAUUUAUUAAUAAGAACAAUUUAAAGAAAUUAGUUUUCUCUUCGUACAACAAAUGAAAGAAGUUGUCAUCGAUGAUAGUCCGAUAGUAGUGCAUACAUAUAUCCAUAUAUCCAUAUGUAUAUAUAUAUGUAUAUAGAAGAUGGAAAUCUCAUUAUCAAUGGCUAUUGCAGAAAGAAUUAAAAAUCUCACAUCUCGCUGGUAAUGCGAGAUAAAGUAUUUCUAAAUUCAAACGUAAAAUUCAAGAUGGAAAGGGGGUUCCUAACUGCUCAAGCCUGGUUGGAGAGAAUUCAGAAAUCAGGCAGAAAGCGCGAUGGAUAGUCGGCGUUAUUGAGGUUGUCGAUGGAAAUGCAAAUGGCUGUCAUCAUGAUGUAGUUUGGUUGAUAUUUUUUCUUCCUUUAAGAGACUGAAACAAUUCGCGAAAAUGUUAUAUAUCCUUAGAACACGAUAUUUGUAAUGGCGCUACGGAUGAAGAUUAAGCUUGCGGUUUAUGUGUGCGUGAAUUAAAGGCGGGGUAAGUGUACAAAGUACGCGGGAAAACCUUCCUCAUGGCUACAUACCUCCAGUUAAACUCAUCCGGUAACCGCUUCGAAGAGUUUAUCAAGCAAUAGAGAAUAAGUAGUAAUAGCGAUAGUUAUGCCAGCUGUAAGUGUUUGCGAUCCUGUUGCGGCAACACUUCGCCGUACUCUAGAAGCUAGCCAAAAGAAAGGAACAGAUGAGCUAUCUACAAAUUUAAUUACUAGCGCAUCAAGAAUACUUCAGUCAGAAAUUCAAUAUAAAGAAGUAGAUGAUUAUCAGACAACAAUUUUGGAUAAACUUAAAGCUAAAUAUAUUGUUUUGAGUUUAACCAAAUCUGAUAAAAUAGAGGAUACUAAAUCUAAAGAUGGUACAACGUAUGUAAAAAAAAACGAAGGUAUGAGUGAAGGUCCUACGUUGCCAGAACCAGCCGUUACUUUGUAUUGCUCUAAGAAAGUUAAUCUAGGAUGGAGAAAAUCAUUUCCAGUAGGAGCUGGCAUGUAUAAUGUUGGAAAUACUUGCUAUUUGAAUAGUACACUUCAGGCAUUAUUUCAUGUGCCAGCACUUGUAAAUUGGUUAUUAUCGGAUUCACAUCAUAACUCCAAAUGUGAACAAAACGAUGAAGGUGGAGAGUGCCUUACUUGCGCAGUGGCCAAGACUCUACAAUUCAGUCACCAGAAGUCAGGAGGCAACAUCAAACCAUUCUGUAUAUAUAAUAAGUUAAAACUUAUCUGUCGAACUAUGGUACCAGGACAACAAGAAGAUGCUCAUGAAUUUCUACGUUAUUUAUUAGAAGGAAUGGAAAGAGCUUAUUUAACAAGGCGCAAAGCAGGAAAGUUGGACAAUUAUUCUAAAGAAACAACACCUAUCAAUCAAAUAUUUGGUGGUUAUAUACGCACUGAAGUUAAGUGCUUACAAUGUGGACACGUUUCUACUACAUUUCAACAUUUUCAGGAUUUAUUGGUUGAUAUACGUAAAGCAAGUACAUUAGACGAAGCAUUAAAUAGUUAUUUUAGUCGAGAACAGUUGGAUAAUAACGAUUAUAAGUGUGAAGCUUGUAAAAGAAGAGUACCCGCGACUAAACAAUUUAGUUUAGAACGAGCUCCUAAGGUUUUGUGUGUUCAACUGAAGAGAUUUAGUGUCUUGGGAGGAAAAAUAUCUCGUCAUAUAGAUUUUAGCCAGACAAUAGAUAUGGGUCCUUACCUAUGGAGAGAACCAAAUGAACCUUUGCAACAACUCACAUAUAAGCUUAUGUCACUUGUUACACAUGUGGGUGAGUCAAUAAAUAGUGGACAUUAUACAGCAGUUGCACAAACCUCAACUGGUAAUUACUAUUCCUUUGAUGAUUCAAAUGUUCGUCCAAUUAGUCUUAGUAAUGUAUUAAAUACAGAUGCAUAUAUAAUGAUAUUUGAAAUGGAACCUAAUCAAGGACAAAUAAAUAAUCAACAAGCUGUUAAAAUGAAUGGCAUGUCAUCUGAAAAAAGUGUAUUAUCUUCAAGUUCUUCUAGUAAGCCUGUUAAUCCGAAGGCAUCAACGUCUGACAUAUAUAAUGGAUCAGUUAAUGGUUCUCCUAUUAAUAAAAGUGGUAUAGAAGGUUCAAAGAUAGGUGAACAAUUAUCCGUUCAAAAAAACAUAGAACUUCAGCUUCCUGUACAAAAGUUUACAAGUAUCAGUGGAACACAGCUAUCACAAAAGUCAGCAGAAAAAUCUCAACCAUGGCUAUCAGGGCAAUUUAAAAAAGUAUUAAGUGGAAAUAGUUUAGUACCAUACGAUGGUUCGAGCGAAGAAGAAGAAACUAAUUCUUCUGUAUCAAACAAAAAUCGUGUAGUAACGAAUGUUUCUGCAUUGAAAAUUAAUUUUGCUCCUACUGUAGCUAAUGGUGCACAGAAGGUAUCUCAAGUAAAAGACUCAUUACAUAAAACAGUUCCUACCUCAAAAGAAAUACAAAUAUUAACGGUGAAACAGUCUAAUAAUUCAACGUCUUCAAGUCUAAAUAGUUCUGUUCAAUGUACGAAAAUACAAAAUGUUUCUAAUGGUGGUAACAAUUCAUCAUUAACUUCUUUAAAACAUCAAAAUGGUAAAUCAGAAAUAAAUGGUAAGACGGAAAAUAGUAACAAGGAAAAGUCUUAUCAUCCAAUUAAAAUGAAAACAGGGCAGGAAGAAAAAGUACUUACUAAAGCUGCAAGUAGCAGUAUAAAGGGUUGGGAAGUAUCAAAAGAUGCAUUUCCUUCCAUAUCAAAUUCAACCCCAAAUGGAUGGUCCGUGACUGAUAACAAAGAAGAUUCAACUAAAUGCAAUCAAAGCAAUACAACGCCAAGUGCUGCAGCAUUAAGAAAUUUCAAUGGAACAAACCGUUCGGAUACUGUCUCAAGUUUAUUGAAAAUGUCCCAUCGUGGAUAUGGCGGCAGUUCUUUAGUAACAAAUUGGCGUGGCAAUAGAUGUCAUUUGGAUCGUGAAGUUGAUAAUGAAAGACGAGAAGAACGUAAACGUCAUAUGAAUCCAGACGAUGAAGAAGCUGAUCGAGGUCGAGUUAAAAAAGUUAAAGAACAUAGAAUGUGUGGUGAUAGAUUAGGUGGUACUGGAUAUAACGUAUUCCAAGAAUUUCAAAAUGGAAAAACUUGGAGUCGAUCAGUUAGCGGUUAUAACCGAGAAUCUUACUAUGAUACUUCCAAUAAUCCGCGACCACGACGUAAUAGUAACUAUAAGCAUCCUCGUAAUAGACACUACAGUAAUUCUCACGUACGUUGGCCGCGUGGAUAAAAGAAAGCAAAACAAGAUCUAUGAAAUAGCCUCUAAAACAUACUAAUGUUAAUGGGGAGCUAUGGGUAUUAGUUCGAAGUUAUUGAUCGAUACACAGUUUUACUGUCUAUUGAAAAAAAAAAAAAAAACUGUCAAAGCCUAUGUCUCAGCGCUGAUUUAGAUUAUUAAUUCAUAAAGUAUCUCAGUGUCAGACAUUA